ACGGCCCGGGACAGGCAGAGCUAUCUGUAGAGUAGAGUCUCGCUGGCUUCCGGUAACAAACUGUCGGCAGGACUUUGCGGUCGGUCGCCUGCGGGUUGUGGAAAAGUACUAAAAACUUUGCUCUCGUGCGUCCCCGAAACAGCUGCGGAGUGGAGGAGAAUGGCGAGCGGCUCUCGUGGGGGUUCGCGAGGAGCUACCCGUGCCGUGGGAACAACUUAACGGCUGCCUAAGCGCACGCGUAACUAACAAACGCGAUGACGGUUCUCGGCUGAGUGGAAGUUUCAUUCCGUAGCGCUCGAGACGGACACAGAGCCGGUUAGGGUUCACGAGGUGAUUUUGGGAACAUCGUCGUCAUGGCUUUGUCUGUGAGGAGCUGGGUCGCCAACGAAGGAAGCAAACACUUACUGCUGCUGCUCUGGUUAGCAGCUAAUGCUAUGCUCUUCUGGAGGACGUUUGUGCUCUACUGCUCUGCUCCCCAAUACUACUACUUACAUAAGAUGCUCGGGGUGAGUGUGUGUGUGAGUCGAGCCUCGGCGUCCGUCUUGAAUUUGAACUGCUGUCUCGUCCUGUUACCGAUGUGUAGACAUACACUCACACUGCUGAGGGGAACGAGCAAGGUCUGGGCGCGUGCAGGGAGGAGAGUUCUUGAUCAGAGCCGAAGAUUCCACACGGCCUGCGGGACAGCAAUAUGCCUUUUCUCAGGGCUGCAUGUGUGUGCCCACCUGGUGAAUGCUGCUCAUUUCUCUGCAAAGUUCUCAGAUGAGUUUCCAUCUCUCAACAUGGCGCAGCACAGGGGACAGGAUCCUCGAGUGAUCAUUCUCACCACAGUGGCAGGCGUUACAGGUGUAUUGCUGGUUCUCAUCCUUUUCCUCAUGAUGACGUCUUCCACACACUGCAUCAGGCUGGGCAGCUAUGAGAUCUUCUGGUACACACACAACCUCUUCAUCCUCUUCUACAUCAUCCUCAUGGUACACACACUCGGGGGAGCUCUAAAGUUCCAGACCAACACAGACAGCCACACCCCUGGAUGCCGACCGGCCAAUCACAGCCAGAGCCUGAACAGCUCCACCAAUCAGCAGCCAUGGCAACAGCAGACGCCCCUCUGUGCAGAGGAGCCUCGCUUCCAGUCGCACUCACCAGAGACCUGGCUCUGGGUGCUGGUUCCCCUAUGUGUGUACUGUGCGGAGCGCGUGUGUCGCUUCGUGCGUAGUAGAACACCCGUCACCAUCACCAUGGUUACACGCCACCCCUGUGAUGUCAUCGAACUGCACAUGCUCAAACCAGGCUUCAAGGCCAGACCAGGACAGUAUGUCCUCUUAAACUGUCCGAGUGUGUCCUCCUUUGAAAACCAUCCCUUCACCCUGACCAUGUGUCCAACAGAGAAAAAAGAGACAUUUGGAAUUCACCUGCGAGUUGUUGGGGACUGGACUGAACGCUUCGCACAGCUGCUUUACCCAGAAUUCAGUGCAGCUGAUGAUGUCAUCCUUCCCAUCAUGCAACAGCGGAACUACCCCAAGGUGUGUGUGGACGGCCCGUUCGGCAGUGCGUCGGAGGAGGUGCUGGGCUACGAGCGGUGUGUGUGUGUGGCCGGCGGCAUCGGAGUCACGCCAUUCGCCUGCAUCCUGCAUACGCUCCUUGAGGGCUGGCGUCAGUACCGAUUGAGGCGUCUCUACUUCGUCUGGGUGUGUCGCGAGCUGCCGGCUUUCUAUUGGUUCGCAGAUCUACUGUGCAGCCUACACAACAAGCUCUGGCAGGAGAAUCGUCCUGAUUACUUGAACAUCCGACUUUACCUCAGUAGCAACACAGGAGCACAGCAGGUGUGUGAGGAGCGUUUCGGGCCGCUGUGUUCCAGGCUGGUGAUUGGCCGGCCCAAAUGGAAGCUCCUCUUCAAGGAGAUCGCCACAGCCAAUCACACGAAGCGUGUGGGUGUGUUCUGUUGCGGCCCGAAGGGGAUGUCCAAGACGCUACACACACUCUGCAACUCCACCAAGCACACACACACACACUCACACACACACACCACCUUCGAGUUCAACACUGAGGCCUUCUCAUGACACACACACACACACACACACACACACACACACACACACACACACACACACAC